UUUGACGUCGCGCACUGUUUUCUCCACAGCUGCAUCUCCGGGCCUCAAGUACCCCCCGCCGAUGGGCGCCGUGAGUGGCUGAAUGCGGGACAAAUACUGUCGACACCUCUUCCGAGCGACUCCACGUUGAGUUCAAAUACCCCGCUUUCACAUCAAUGGCAUCCGCGUCAACGUCAAUCAGGAAGACCCACAAGCAGCCUCGCAGGAAGGCCCCCUUCCAUCGUGCCGCUCCCAGCCAGAACGUCGUCUUUCUCGACAACGGCGUUGUCACUCGCCGGGCACCUCCCCCGCGGCAGCAGCACGCGCAUUCAGACACCUCCACGCGAGACCUGGUUCCAGAGAACGUCGUGCCAAACGCCGGCGCCCACGCCGUCGGUCGUCGGGACCAACUCCGCGGUCUCUCGAUCCCUACCACCGCAUCCCACAUGCAGACGACCUUCAGUACCGCGUCACCGUUCAUCCAGACUACGGCGCUGCCCUCUCCGAGUACCUCAACGCGGACGGGAACCCCAGAAACGCGCAUACAAUCAGUCGCCGAGGGCUCCCCCGCAGAUCUCGUGCCUAUGGAGCUAUGUUGGCAUAUCGAAGACGGAGAGGAAGCCGCCCUUGGGUACGAGAGGUUGAAAAUAGGCAAACAUGCGAAACCCGAAGAGCCUCGGAACGCAUCCGACGGAAUCGCUAGGGCGCAGCAGAAGGUUGAGGCGCCUCCCGCCUCCGCUCUCGCUGCUGGUUCCUCAGCGACCCAUGAAGCCCCUCCAGAGAACGAUAGUGAUGCUCCCGUGGCGACUCCUGAGAAAUCUAGCGACGUUCUCGUACCCAUCGACCAUACCCUCUCCAUUCGUGGCCGUCCGAUGCGGCAGGCCGCCGCCAAGGCCCUGCGCAGCAUCGUCGCAGCGCAUCCCCCACCGCGUACCCGCCGCGCGCGUAGAAGCGAUGCCCCAGCGGACGAGAACGCACCAUCUCCCGAGAAGCCAGGCCCGCACGUCUCCGAUGCCAGGCAAGACGCGGAGACGGGCAUGGCCGCAGACGACGACCAUGCCAAGCCACCCUCAGCGACGAGCAAGCCCCUCAAGCGCAAGCGCGCGUCCCGCGGGCUCGGCGGCGCGGGGUCGCACGCGAGCGGGGGGACACCCACGACGGCGACCUGCGAAGACGUCGAGAUGGACGCUGGAGAGUCUCAGCCCGCCUCGGAUGUCGCGCAUACAUCCUACGGCGACGCGGAUGGCGGCCCUACGAAGGCUUCGCGGCCUCCGAAAAAGACAAGCCGGCGCAGGAGUUCAACGCAGAAGCGGGCAAAGUCGAAGUCCGCGAGGAAACGCGAGGUGCUGAGGCCCCCGACGCCGGAGUCUGAGGACGAGCCCGAGGCGCCUGUGAACGCGAAUGAGAGCGCCCCCAGUGCGAUGCCAGCGCAAGGGCAGCCAGAUGGCGAGGAGGAGAGUCGGAAGCGUCCACGGUGCGAUGACGUACACGAACGCGGGGAGCCAGAUAGCCUCCCUACGCUACCCCAGCCAUCUCUGGUGGAAGUAGAUGCGGAGAGGCAAGAGCCAGCCCGAGGAGAAGUGGACGGAUUAUCUGACCCCGAAGUCAACGUCGUGACAAGCAAAGAUCCUCGGCCGGAGGGCGAAGAGCAGAGUGACGAGUAUUCGCUUAUGGAGGUUGCUGGAGAGAACCUUGAGGAGUCGCGAUGCUCUUCGCCAGUCGCCGAGUCUCCUCGGAAGGAAGUGGCUGGCGAGACUGAGGAGCCGGCGCGAGGUGAUGUACAAGGGGACUCUGUGGCUGAGCCGCACGGAAUCCUUCGGUGGGAAGACGAGCAAGGAAGAUGCGAACAUUGGGGCCAGGAUGCUGGCCUAGAGAGUCUCAGGGUAUUGUGGAGCGGAUCGACGGACGACGAAGCGCUCUCAGAGACGAUUCGUAUGCAAUCUCGGGGUGGCGGCGCCCACUACGAAAAUCCCGACGACACUCUUUCGGAAGACGCCAGCGGGGAUCCUGCGCCGAACGUUGUAGCGAAGACCGGCGACGCGCAAGACGCGGGAGACGUCGAGAUGGCACCUGGGCACCUUCGGAUCCAUGACCUGGACACUAGCGACUUGCUCAUUAACGCCCCUCCUGGACCCUUUGUUGCUCCAAGCAUAAACGACGAUCAAGCCGGCGAUGCAUUGCCACCUUCGAUCUCUUUCCUCGAACCGAGACCACAGCAAUCGCAAAUCGAAUUAAUCAGCAACUUGGCCGAGUCCGAGAUGGACGCAGCUGUCGAAGCCAUGCUCUCGGGCGGGGCACUCACUGAGGAGCAGAUAGCCGCGUUGGAGGCGCAUAUGUUCAACAUCGGAUCUGGCUGGGACACUUCCGCCGCAAACGGGGACCCCUCGCUCGAUUUGGAGACGCAUUUACCUGGACUGGCACUGCUCGACUGGGACAUGGACGACCUCAUGCCUGACUCGGCGGCGUGUAUGCUCGGCUUGGAAGACUACUUGGCGACUUCGCACGCGCACACCUCAACUCCCGCGGACCCGUCUGAACUAGUGCCUACUGCGAACUCCUUGGAGCUGGACAUGCUGGAUCUGGCGGCGCACCUGCUACCUCUCACUGAGCUCGAGGCGCAUGUAUCAUCAGACUUUACCACUGGUACAUCUUUGGGGCACGAUCUGAAUCUGGAUCCGGCGACACUCGCGGCAACCUCCGACGUUCCCAGUCUGGAUCUCUUUGCUGGUGUAGAUACCCCGGAAGUGCGCGUGGAGGGGAGUCGAAGUGAGAGGACACAGCUUCGCCUCGUUCCCGUGGAUCCUGCUGUGUUCAAUACGCCGAGGGUUGGCGUGCUACCUCAAUGGGUCCUCAAUGCUGAGAGCUUGCGCCGACAGGAACUCGGUCGGGAAACUGGUGUACUUGGUCUUGACCUUUCUACCCCCGGCCGCGGACCAACGCCUGUUCAAUGUGCUCAGGCAGCCAGUUCGCAGACACGCGGGGGGCCGCUGCAACAUAAUGUGUUCUCGAGCAGCAGACCCAUUAUCGACACCAUGAAGUCUUCUUCGCGCCUGCAGAUCGUCAACCCUGUGUAUACGUCUGGCGAACCGUCGUCCAUGCUUUCUGUCCAGCCUUCGCAGUUUCCAGAAAAUCGCUCGGGUGAUCUGCCUGUGAUCUCGCUGUCGGGCAAAUCUAUGACGUCUGCAACUUCUCGAGAAUCUCUCCGGCGGACACCUGAUUAUCUGUCUGCCUUGAAUCCCCCAACUGCACCUCUUUUCGCGGGCGAGACUGGCAUCCACGCUCUGCAGACUGUUCAGAGUAACGCUUCCUCGACCGCGAAUGAAUUCUCGUCCCCAUCUCCCCCUCAGGCACUCGGACCGCGCCUCCAGCCAGUCCCACUGCCGUCCCCGGAGGCUGCCCCUCCAUCGUUCGCCCCUCUCCCGACUGCACCAGAAUCGCCGGAAACAUCUCAUCAAGCGGAAGCGGUAGCGGGCUCCAGCAUACACCCUAGCCCGCAGGCGCAGGCGCCCGUCGCUGAUGAAGCUGCAUGGUCCACGAUGUUCCGCCAGCUGAAACAGUCCAAGAAGAUGGUACCGGUAAGGAGACGGAUUGGGGUGCUGCGGAGGUACGAGGAGGACCAUGAGUGGUACUCGGAUGAGCAAUUACAGGGAGGUGCUGUGGGCUUCGGGGAGACAAGUACGGAGGGUGUCAUGGGGAAGAGCGAAGAGGCAUGUGGAACUGCCUAUGGCGAGGGGACGACGCAAGUCGGCCAUGCAGGCGCUGGUGGCAGAGAGGGUCGUUCGGACAGCGACGUUGAGGGCGGAGUACCGGCCACACAGCCUGAGAUCAUCGUGAUAGACGAUGACGAGGACGAGGAGGUGAAUACCAACCAAAGAGAGCUACUACAUAGGUGCCCAUUAUGUCCGCGCACAUUCAAACUUCCGAACGGCCUCGCAAUUCACCUGAAGUGGCAUUGGGGCCAGACUACAUUGGAUUGGAAGAGAGGGAUCGGCAGGAACGGGCGUAUUGUGGAACGGGCCAAGGAGGCUGCUGAAGCCCGUGCUAGAGAGUUCUCCGAGAUCAAGACCUUCGAGCCAUCCUCGAGCCUGGCGGCUCCCUCCGAAGAGAAGGUUGAGCAAAGUCCUGAAUUCGCCAUGCAUAUGUCUCCUACGCCGAGUGCUGCGCCUCUACCAACGAAAGCGGCACCAGGUAGUUUCUCCGUGCCCCUCACGGCAGCCGCCGGAGAUCCAUUCGACCGCCUCACGCCGCACUCACUUGUCGGCAAUCGGAUGAAAGCACCGCGACCUUCGAGCGCACUCAUACCUCCCGUCCAAGCCGGCGCCUUUGACAUCGACCUCGGGUUCGGAGGUCCACGCGAUGUCACCGAUCCGUUGUCUACGCCCGAACUCAGUCCGGGCCCUUCGAGAUCUAGCGACGCAGAUAGCAUGGAGUGCGACCGAAACCAAUUGUCGUCCUGGAGCGAUGACCUCUUUGGGCCGGACGAGGACGCUUCAGAGCGCGAUGACCCUCUCAAUAAUGAGAUGCAGCUCGGGGGGACAGCCGCUGGCCAUGUGUAUGAUCACGGGCGUGAAGAGACGUGUCGCAGGAGCAAGGGUGGUCAUCUUGAGUCAGGCUUGUCCCCUCUUGCAGACUUCGCCACGCUACAGUUGUUACCCUAA